UCAGCUUCACAGCAGCAGACGAACCUACAGGCUCAGAAAGACGGUCUCUCUCCUGCAGCACACACACACACAAUCACACACACUCACACCUCUGGCUGUGUGUUCUCCACCUUCUCCCACACAUCUGCAGGCCGUUCUGCUGCGGAGUUCGGGCCAAACCCUGCUUCAGGGAGCAGGAGGAUGGAGAACAACAUGUGAGCGGCCCGUGUGCCCCCGUCGACAGCAUGCUUCGUCUCCACCGGACCUUGGUGCUCUGCUGCUUCUGGUGUUUUCUGCUACUUCACGGACAGGCUGACGAAGAGGCCCUCUGGGGACCGACACCACCGAAAGAAAAGCCACCGGAGAAUAAAGGAGGCUGGUUUUCCUACAUUCCCUACUUUUCCUCCCUGCCAAAAUUAAAAAUCCCCUUCAUCGGGAGUUCGGACAAAAACAACGAGGCCGCCGCGUUGACCACAAUCGCUAGGGGGUUGAAAGACACGUUUGAAAUCUCGCAGAACUCGGGUUCAGGGGAAGGGAGCGAGUCUGAGGCAUCUGAAACACCCACCACUUCGGGGCUCCCAAUCAGCGUGACAAAGAUAAGAACUGAGUCACUUCCCACAGGAACAUCAGAUUCUCCACACAGCAGCAUAGCGCAGAGCGACAAUGAUGCUCUUGUCUCAGACUCCCACUCUCCCACAAGCAGCUCUAUCAGCAGCAGUAACAGUCCGGCCGCAAGCCAAAACGCUCCUGAACAAAACGCAACACAUACCCACCCUCCACAGGGCAUCACACUGGCAGCCGGACCCAGCAUGGGAGCCACAGCACGACACCUCCAAGAGCAACGCACUGAUAAGGAGGUGGCUGAAGAUUUUACAGGGAAGAUCUCGUCGACGAUAGCACCAGAAACCACAGUUCCCACCGCCUUGACAUGGGCUGCUACCCAAACCUCCACAACAAAGCCAGGACUGGUCGAAACCACACUGACCACACGCAGACACUCUCUGAGGCCCGUUACCCCCCCUACGACCUCAGAGACAACGUUUGUCAGAAAACCACAAGAGUCGACUGUUGGUUUUACCCUCCACGCUGGAGAGGCCACAGUGGCAGAAACUCACCCCACUCAGAGUGAGGCUGAGCCGGGCGUCUCCGAGGCCGGGUCUGGGCCCGGGGGGGAACAGCCGGGGGUAAUCACCACUGCCAUGGGGAUCGAUCGCAAACUAGUCCAGGAAUCCAUAACGAGCACAACUCUGAGCCUAAAGGUUAACUUCCCAAUAGCAGGAGAGCUGCCAGGCCAGGAGGAUAAGGAGGAUGAGGAGGCUGAGGAAGGUGCGGUGCCUUCAGCUGCUGCAGAAGACGACAGGAGGUCGGGAGACAUUUCCACGCUGCCCGCAGAGCUGCUGACAACAUCCCUGGCUCAGAGCACCGGCACUACUUUGGAAACUCCACUUAUUCCCCUCGACACUGAAGACUGGACGUUCGACCCGGUGGACAGCAGCGUCACGUAUCUCCCAGACUGCAAUAAAGAACGUUCCGGGAUCUGCAACCUCUCAGACACGUGGGACUCCAUCACCACCGCCCCCACCUUGGACACCAGACCCACACAAAACACCACUGCCGCAAACCAAUCAAUCAACCCUUUUCUAAUCCCGGCUCCACCCAUGUUGGUGCCCCUGUACUCUGACUGGAACAGUGCCAUGGCAGCUUGGGGCCUGGCUUGGGAGGCACACGUUUAUGGCGCUGGUUGUGUCUUCGCGAUGCUAACGCUAGCCUCAGCGCUCAAUCUGCUCUGCUUGCCACUGCGAUGCCCGUCUGGGUGUGGCUACUUCGCUCUAGUCAGCCUGUUCCUACUGGCCGCAGGUUGUACCAGAUCGUUCUCGCUCCUGUACGACGCCUACGGCCACCAGGAUCGCCUGCCCUUCACAGAGGCCUCGCUGAUGCUCUACGAGGCGCCCUUUCCCUGCCUGACAGCAGCUUUCGGCCUUGUUUUCCUUCUCCUCUCCAUGCGUUCAAGAAUGCAGCUCUCCUACUCAGCCUUCCAGAGACCCUGUUUCCUGGCCUGCCUGGUUGUCCUGCACUUUGCCACUGCAUUCGGCCCAGUGACAUUACUGAAGUUCUACCAGCAGAAGCCUCCCCUCUGCCUCUUUCUCUCACUCAUCUCCCGUGGAGCCUUUGUAGUGCUGGCCACUUUUCUGUCUGCUGCCUAUUUCGUGUUCUACAUCUACGUGCGGGCGGACUCGAAGCACAUCUACCACCUGAACAACACCUCUCCCACACCCGCUGAGCGCUACAACCGCUGCCCCUUUGCUGAGAGCCGAGAUUGGGACCGUGCAGCCAUAACUGUCUGUCUCUCAGCAUUGUUUUCUUUAGCAUGUGCAGGACUGCAGUUAUUUGCAAUACUCAAUGCUAUGGGUGUUGCCGGUGGAGAGGAGGUGUUCCACCCCUGGCCCUGGUGGGCUUUUCAGUUUAGCUGCAGACUAUGUGAGCUCGGGGUCUGCCUCACCUUAGCCUUGGUGGUCGCACAACCUGUCUACUGUUCUGACCACCUUCCAUCUGCAGGAAGCUGCUGGACUGAACUGCUGGCCUCCAAAUCGACCAUUCUACCUGGGAGCUACCAGUGGAACCUGAGCCAGCAGGAGAAACUCGCCAUUGUUGAUACAGUAGGGCUUGGAGAGUCCGAGAGCCUUCCUCUUUACACCCUGAUGGAUGAGAGGCUCGGUAAUAGUCUGAACGGCCUGGACCUCCUCUACCACAGCAACCGGGGCUUAGCAUACCGAGACCUGGACCUGGAUAUGGACUGUCAGGGGUCAGGAAAAGCUGAGGAUGGAGGAGGCCGAGAACCGUCAGGAUCCUCAUUCACCAGUGACUCCACCACAGACCUGCGGCCACCUUCGCCCAUCAACCUGCGUCGCAGCAUAGAUGAGGCCCUCUUCAGUGAGGCCCUCUUUCCCAUGAGCCUCUUCAGCCCUUCUAUGCCUAUUCGCCUCAGUGACAUAUCCAUAAACCACCACAGGGUACCUCCCAUCAACAGCCUGUGUGAUCCUCUCACAGCUGACUCCAGCCUUUAUCGGACUUCUUCCUGCAUGGAGAUGGCCUGUCAACCCCAGCCCCCCAUCACCAAACCUCAAGGAGAAACCGUCACAGGCGCUCAACCGUCUCCCUCCCUCUCCUCCUCCUCCUCCUCCUCCUCCAGCUGCUCAUCUCCUGAACGUUGGAGGGGCAGCUCUUCCUCGUGUUCUUUCUACAGAGCGUCUCUCGGGGGCUCCUCGCUUGUCCUCUGCCCGAGCCCAGAGAGACAGGCUCAGCAACCUGCCCAUCGAGGGGACACAGGCCACCAGGCCCACGCUGACCCUCAGAGGCACUAUCAUACGCUGGGCGCGGCCUCACAGGAGAGCCUGGACCUGGACAUGUCGUCUGAGGCAGACCGAUCGGUGCAGGAGGAGUUCAUCAGUGUUUGCAGACAAAUCGAUGCUUUGAGCAUCUGCAGCGAGACGAUUGAUUUAUAAAAGGACAGACUGGUCAAACGAGGGUUACACCAAGGUCUUAGUAAGAAGGUUUCGUGCAGCAAAAAUACUGUCAUGGUUUUUAUAGCCUAUUUGGUAGUGCAUGGUAGCUUUUGCGUAAAAAACCCAGAGCUGCCAAAAUGUUUUUUGGUGGUUGAUAAGCUUUCUUAUGUGGUCAUUAGUGAAUGUCUGAGAGGGUCAAAGUGCCAAGAAUGUCAAAAGCCAAAAGGUCAUUUGUAACUUUUUACAUGUUUGAUAAAGGAAGGUGAAGUUUGAUACCGAAAAAAAAAAUUUUACUGAGUGGAGAUAACAGGAUUUUAUUUGUACAAUGUUUUUAUUGCUUUCUGACAUUCCAAUAGAUAGUACUGUGACUGAAUUAAGCACUUAUUAAAUACUACUGAAGUAAUACACUUUCACGUUCAGCAGAAUAUAACUGUCGUUCAAUGUCAUGUGGAAAUACUGGGAUUAAUAUUGAGUUUGCCAAACCAUGAACUCAUCAUACCAAUAUGCUACAUUGAGUUAUGGUGCAGCGGCACCCUCUACUGGCAGAACAUCAUGCUACCUUUUCCCUUUGACUUCUAUAACCAGUGGACUGAGCUUCUACAUCUGACAGCCUCCUCCAUGACUCGCUUACUAAUUUAUUUAUGCUCAAAUAUAACUUUUGCUCAACACAUUGUUUAAUAAAAGUUUUGUUUUUAUAA